AUGAAACCUUCUACCACAAAAUCAUCGUCGUCUGCUCAUUUUAAACGAGUGAAGGCGAAGAACGCUCAAGACAUUGAGACUUAUGAUAUCCAUAAUGAUGCUCGCGAAGAGGACGACGACUUGUAUGACGAAAUGGGUUAUGUUGGAAACUCUAUGGCACCCGAAGUUAUCGAAACUCCCAGUCACAGUGGAAGGGAUUGGGAGAAUGAAGAUCCCUAUGAAAUGCCAGUUGUGCCGUCUUAUAUGAGAAGUAUAAAAAGAGAAAUUUUGCCAUAUGACACUUCAAGUUCAGAAGCCGUCGAACCACUGUCGGAUGUUUCAGUUGAAGUUUCCCACAACAAACGCUGGAAUCCUAUCUCUUUCGCUCGAUCUGAAAUGUUCGAUAACGAAGCCGGAGUUCCUCUAUGUAGAAACUCAAUUGAGAUCAACAGGGAGAUCAGGUCGUCUAAAAAAUGUUCGGAUCAGUCAGCCAUAUCAUUGAACACUUUCGUUACUUCUAAAAUUGGCUUUAAUAUUGGUUGCGCCCGUCAAAACGAAGUCUUCAUUUACCUACCCAGUGGACGUCGCUUCAAGAUGUCUUCAACUAUGACCACUUUCUCUUCAUCUAAUUACACUUCAUCGAACUACGUCACCGAUGCGAAAUCUAUUGUUCGGCGUGCGCUCACUAAGGUUUCAGAGUCCGACCCAUUUUUCGCAGCGUAUACAUCUUCUGAAACUUCAAGCGUAUAUGUCCCUCUUGGCGCUGACUUCUUCCGAUCCAUUUCUAAAUUUCUCAUGUUCGGAUUCAUUCAGAAAUUCUCAGAAGAACUCGAGACGUUUACAAUCAGAUUGUGCAGAGACGUAGCUUGCAGUUUGCUAGACCGAACGAGAAGUCAGUUUAAUCAGAAUCAUUCCACAACAUCUUCUGUUGAAUUGGCUAGAGACUUGAAGAAGUUUUUGGACGAACGGGCUGGCCGCAUACCAAUAGUGACUCUCGAGUUCUCAUCUUCGGAUCAUCCGACUUCCCAGGCUUCUUCAUCUUCCACCUUCAGACUGUAA